AUACAAAAAGUAAUUGUCGAAAGCGAAUAUGAAAGCCAUAAGAAGCAACACUUCUUUACUCAUUCUUUUAUAUUAAUCAUUCUCAUGCAUUUUUUCAAAAAUCUUCUCACACUUUUUCUUCACUUGCUUACUUACAACACCUCUCUUAACAAUGGAGGAAACGACUACAUUUCAAGGACUAAGACACCUCUUCAUGACGAUAUUCUUGUACUGCUUCUCAGUGUUCAUCGUGGCUCCGGUGAUUACAGACGUCAGCAUGGCGGCGCUUUGUCCGGGAAAGGAUGAGUGUUCUCUCGUCAUUUACCUAUUCGGCUUUCAACAAAUUAUCACGGGUGUGGGAUCGUUGAUGAUGAUGCCAUUGGUGGGAAGCUUGUCGGACAAGCAUGGGAGAAAAUCUUUACUUACUCUUCCAAUGACACUCAACAUUUUGCCUCUUGCGACAUUAGCAUAUAGUAGAGGGACGACCAUCUUCUACGUCUACUAUGUACUGAAGACUUUUACUUCGAUAAUUUGCGAAGGAAGUGUUCUUUGUCUUGCCCUUGCUUACGUGGCUGAUAACGUAACAGAAGGGCAACGAGCCUCCGCAUUUGGAAUACUUACCGGGAUUGCAUCUUGUGCAUUUGUCUGCGCCACUCUUUGCGCUCGAUUUUUAGCUAUUUCCACUACAUUUCAAGUCGCAGCAACAAUGGCAAUUUUAUCAACAGUGUACAUGAGGCUUUUCCUACCGGAUUUUAUCCGAGACAACAGUCUAGGGGCUCCCAUUGUUUCAAGCGAAAAGUUGAGUUCUCCUUUACUUGAAGACUGUCCUGGACAUAGAAAUAGAAUAUUCAGAUCAUUUCGUUCGGUACGUGAAAUGACAUCUCUAAUGAGAAGCAGCGUUCCACUUUUUCAAGUUGUGGUGAUAUCCUUCUUCAGUAGUCUUGGUGAGGCAGGUCUACAUGCUUCGUCUAUGUACUAUUUAAAGGCCAAAUUUCACUUUACCAAAGACCAAUUUGCAGACUUGAUGAUCAUAUGUGGCGCAGCCGGGUCUAUUUCACAGUUGAUUUUCAUGCCCAAUUUAGUUCCAGCUUUGAAAGAGGAGAGAUUGCUCUCAAUUGGUCUUUUCUUUGCUUCUGCUCAUAUGUUCCUCCUCUGUGUGGCAUGGUCUUCAUGGGUUCCAUAUAUUGCAGCCAUAUUUGCACUUUUAUCUGUAUUUCCGCAAUCAUGUAUGCGAAGCAUUGUCUCGAAACAAGUAGCAUCGUACGAACAGGGGAAAGCCCAAGGGAUUAUUUCAAGUAUAUGUUCCCUUGCAAAUGUCAUUUCCCCCCUGGCAUUUUCACCUCUAACAGACUGGUUUCUGUCCGAAAGAGCUCCAUUUAAUUUCCCAGGUUUCAGUAUAAUGUGUGCUGGAUUCACCAUGACUAUAGCCUUCAUCCAAAGCCUCAUGAUCAGAGCAACAGCGCCAAUGUCAGAGAUGGGAUCUCCAUAGUUCAGUAAGUUCAAAACCAUAUGGAUUACAUAGUGAAACAAAAUAUAUAGGUUUUAAAUAUAUUAGUCGUUGAUCCUUAAUGCUCUGUUUAAACCCUUAAUAUUGCAAACGGGCUUAUGAUUUCCAAGGCCAACAAUAUUGGCAUGUUUAUUACGCUCGUUAAAUAAUUAGAUGUUUUUUUGUUAAUUAAUUAGAUGUUUUUGGUAAUGACAGUUCUUGUUAAUUAAUGUCAAGUAAAAAAAAAAUCUGAUAUUUGUAUCA